CACGUCAUGUGCAUACAAAAUUACAAACUAUGUUAUUCCCAGCAUUUGAACUUUUAGAUUGGUCUCCCAAUUUUCUCUUCAGAUCAUUUUCUCCCUAAUUAUUUUUCUUCAUUUAAUUUAACAAUCUAAUUUAUUUUUAAGCUGGAAAAUUAAAUUUAAGGUGUCAAUCAAGUAAUGGAAAUACCUGUUAUUUUUGUAAUUAUUCCUGUGGGAUUAAUUUUCCUUCUUUCAGGCCUCAUUAUUAAUCUCAUUCAGGCUAUUCUUUAUGUCUUAGUUCGACCCCUGUCAAAGAAUAUGUAUCGGAGAUUUAACAAAGUAGUAACAGAACUGCUAUGGUUGGAGGCUGUUUGGCUCUUUGAUUGGUGGGCUGGCGUGAAGGUGGAGCUGCACACUGAUUCUGAGACAUUUAAUCUGAUGGGUAAAGAACAUGCUCUUCUUAUCCCCAACCACAGAAGUGACAUUGAUUGGCUUAUUGGAUGGGUUUUAGCUCAGAGAGCAGGUUGCCUUGGUUGUACUAUGGCUAUAAUGAAGGAUGUCUUAAAGUAUCUUCCGGUUAUUGGUUGGUCAAUGUGGUUUUCUGAGUAUAUAUUUGUUAAAAGGAAAUGGGCUGAAGAUCAAAGCAUCCUAAAGUCAGGCUACGAGAAAUUGAAGGAUUUUCCUUUUCCCUUUUGGUUGGGUCUCUUUGUUGAAGGAACUCGCUUCACACACCCAAAACUGUUAGAUGCUCAGCAAUUUGCUAUUUCAAAAGGGUUAGCUGUCCCAAGAAAUGUUUUGCUUCCUCGUACAAAGGGUCUAAUUCUGGCUGUAAAACAUUUGCGCUCAUUUGUUCCAGCAGUAUAUGAUGUUACCUUCACUGUAGCAAGAGAUAAUUCCCCGCCUUCAUUGCUAACUUUACUAAAGGGCAAAUCUUCUGUGGUAAAAGUGCAAGUUAAGCGGCAUUUGAUGAAUGAAUUGCCCGAAACAAGCGAUGAUAUUGCACAGUGGUGUACAAACUUGUUUGUGGCCAAGGAUGCAUUUUUGGACAAGUACUUUUCAGGCGGCAGUUUUGGCAACGAGGAAAUUCAAGAUCUUGGCCGACCAACGCAGUCACUAACGGUGAUGAUUGUUUGGUCGUGUUUAGUUAGCAUGGGUGCUGUGGGCUUCUUGUUAUGGACCAGCCUUUUCUCAACUUGGCAAGGGAUAAUAGUAUCAGCUGUGUUUCUGCUACUUGUUAUAGUCACCAUGCAGAUCCUCAUUCUGUUCUCACAGUCCGAGCCUCAUAUUGAUUCUAUGCCUAUCUCGAUACUGCCACAAGAUCCAGUGAAAGAGAUUCUUCUUCAAAGUUGAACAGAUUGAAAACCCUUAGGCUGGGAUGAACUUUUCUUAAUCAUAGGUAAAUGUUGGCCAUUCAUUCACUUGAAUUCCUUUCAUUUAAUUUUUUGUUCAACCAAUUUAUUUUAGAGUAUAUCAUUUGAUUGUUGUAUAAUUUCUUCGUUUCUAAAAGUUUUUCCUGUUUGGAUGACGAUUGUGUGACAAAAAAGUCAAAUCGGGAAUAAUUUUCUAGAUAUGGGGAGUGGGGACUAGUGAUAUAUAUAAAGUAGUGUGAUACUCAUUUAUAGGACAAGGAAUAGCCAGGAAAGUUGCUUCAUACUUUGUAUGUAGAAGAUGUUUGAAGAGUUGUAUAGCUUGAUUUAACACUCUUAAGACCUUAAUUCAUAUUCUUGUAUUUUCAAAUACUCCAAAUUACAUUAUUACAAUAAUCUUUGAAGA